AUGAUGCUGCGCUCGGGUAAGAUCACGCCCCGGGUGAAGAAGCCCUUUAGCCCCAGAGAGACCAGCGGCGACCUGGAGGAUCUGGGACCCCCAGCUCGGAAGGCGAGCACCCCCAGAGGGGGGAAAAGCCGGUGGAGAGGCUGGCGAGAGGACGGCACUACUGAGCCUGUGUCCCCGCUGACGGGAAGGGCUGUGAGGGUGCAUUUUGAUGGGUGCCCAUCCAGCCCAGCAAGCAAUGCGGCUUCCCUCCAGAUCCCACCCCUGGGCAUCGUCUGCUUCUCUCCUCUGGGCGUGGAGGGUCUGGCUAAAGAUGCACAUGUUAUCAGUGUCGCUGCCGGGGAAGAUUCUUCCAUCACCCUCUGCUUGUCUAAGAAUCUCACCGCCUGGCAUGGGGUUGGCCAUGCAGACACUGUGAAUGGCUUCUUCAUCCACAAGGCCCUGCCCCCCAGGUCCAGCCAGAAGCCCCCCAGGAAAGAAACUCCCAUCAAGACCCGCAGCACCCCUGAGAGCACCCUGGUCCUGGAGCUGGAGGGGAUCCUGGUCUGUUGCUCCCUGACAUCCAGCCAGGAUGUGGACUGCACCUUCCUCACAGACUUCCAAGGGGACACUUAUCGGGUUUACAUGAAGCUGCGCCCCCACGUGCAGGAGUUCCUGGAAACCCUCGCCAAAGCCUACGAGAUCUUUGUCUUCACCACCGCAAAGCAGCACUACACAGAGAAGAUCCUGGAUGUCUUGGACCCUCAGAAGAAGCUGAUCAGGCACCGCCUCUAUCAGCAGGACUGCCUCUGCGUGCAGGGUUACUAUGUGAAGGACCUUUCCAUCCUGGAGAGAGACCUGGCCAGGACAGUGGCCCUGGAUGAUUCCCUCCAAGGGUUCCCUUACCAGAUUUCCAACUGGAUCCCGAUCCCCGGCUGGCUGGGAGACCGCCAGGAUGAGGAGUUGCUGCGCGUCCUCCCGCUGCUGGGGAAGCUUAGCCAAGCGUCUCUGCCUUGCAACUCUGCCCCUCCAGCCAUGACAGCCCUCAAAGCCCCGGCCAGCUGCCACCAGCUGCGGGAGUUUGACAACGUCAAGGACUCCAUUGCUGACCUCAUCAACCAGCUGCAGGACAUCGACCCGAGCCGCCUCUCCUUCUCGCCCUUCUUGGACCUGGACACCCAGAUCUCCCUGGCACCUGUCUCCGACAGCCCCGAGUCCUCCGUCGAGGAGCUGCACUCCACCUUUGAGGAGGAGGCUUCUCUCAGCCAGGCUACAAGCGACUCUCCAGGGCCAGAGGCUGAGCCGGUGGAGGGGAUGCAGAGCCAGGGAGCUGGUCCUUUCCUGGAGAAGGACCCCCAGCCUUCCAAGGUGCAGGGGGACCCCGGGCUUCCCAUGGCAAUGGACCCCAAAGACCCCAUCGUUCCACUGGGCUGCGACCCACGGGAGACCAGCUGGGCAGGGCCUGGAGACAGUGUGGUGGUGGCAGUGCCCAAGGAGACCUGCUUCCUGGACAGGGUGGGGGCACAGACCCCCAUGGUGCAGCACAUGGAGCAUCUGCCCACUUGCAGGGAGCCACGCAGUGCGCAGCCCCACAGCAAAGGGCCAGCAUGCCCCACGGCCAGUCGGCCUCUCCCCAGGGAGGAGCAGCCGUUCCUCGGCUUGGGUGUGGAGCCGGUUUCCUGUGGCCCCGAGGAGCCCGUCCCUCGCCCACCGGGGAAGUGCUGCGGCUGCGGCACCAGCUCCCACCUGAAGGCCGUGUCCUCGGUCUUCAUCUCGCUGCUCCUGGUGCCCUGGGUCCUCUACGGACUCUACUAUCUCCUGCCCUUCGAGCCGCCGCUUUGCCCGGACCUGGCCAGCCGUGUGGCCUUCGCCCUGCGCUGCCUCCUCAUCGCCGUGGUGCCCAGCAUUCUUGGUGCCAUGUUCGGGGCUCUCGCCAAGCUCUGCCCGGUGGCCAUUGACCCGCUGGACACACGCUCCCCACCCGUCCUGCUCCACCGGCUGUACAUCACCAGCUCCACGGAGCAGCUUGUCCUCUUCGGCCUCAACACGGUGGUGCUGGCCACGUUCCUGGCCCAGGAGCACCUGCGCCUCAUCCCCAUCCUGGCUGGGCUGUUCUCCAUUGGCAGAUGCUGUUACUGGAUCAGCCUCCACGUCGGCAGCGCUUACCGCGGCUUUGGCUUUGGCAUCUCUUUCUUCCCGGCCCUGGCGAUGACCGUCUACAACUUGUUCUGUCUGUACGACCUGGGCCUCGCCUUCCUCUUCGCGCCCUCUCCAGCAGGUGGCGGUGGGGCCACACCAGCUCCCACUUGGGAGCCGGCGAGCCAAGGCACUUGA